AUGGCCAACCCCGCCAUCGCCAUCCAGUCUCCUAGCGACGUCAAAGCCUUCAUCAUCAACCCUACUGAUGUUCCCCACAUCGACUACUUCGCAUCGCUCGGCCCCCGUGUCGGUUGUGAUUCUGCUGGUGGGGUAGACAAAGUCGGCUCCAGCGUCAUUAAAGCACUCAAAAAGGGUGCUCGGGUCGCUGGUUUCGCCCAUGGCUCGAAUGCUGUGCGCUACGAGGAUAGCACUUUUAUAUUACUGCGAAAGGCCCUUGGUGCUGAUGUUGUCUUCGAUAACAUCUCUACGACGGUCGUGCACGACAUGAAGCGUGCCACUGGAGGUCGGCUUAAAUAUGUCUUGGACUGCAUUUCCAAGGAGCCUACCAAGAAGAUCUCCGUCGGCGCGUCCGGGGAUAAUGGUGGCAUCUACACAACCCUUCUUCCCAUCCCUGCUGAGCUUGUCUAUUCUAUCAAUGACAAGGUCAUGUCCAAGUUUAUGCUAGAUUAA